AUGAGUAUAUAGUGAUGGGAGUUGCUAAUUUCCUCCUAGUUGCUUUUGUCUUCUUGGCUUUGGCUUUCUCGUUUGCCGAUGCCUUUGAUCCUGCGCCUCUUCAGGACAUCUGUGUAGCAAUAAAUGACACAAAGUUUGGUGUGUUCGUGAAUGGAAAAUUCUGCAAAGAUCCGGCGAAAGUCACAGCAAAUGAUUUCUUCUACUCAGGGCUUAAUGUUCCUCAAGACACAUCAAAUCAACUAGGAAUAUAUAUCACUCUUUUAACUGUUGAUUCGAUACCAGGACUUAAUACUAAUGGAUUAUCGUUAUCACGUAUUAACUAUGCAGCAAAUGGCGGUCUAAACCCUCCACACCACCACCCUCGAGCAGCGGAGAUUCUCACAGUUUUGGAGGGGACUCUUUACGCUGGAUUUGUGACAGCCAACCCAGAUCAUAUCCUAUUCAGCAAAAUCCUACACGCUGGAGAUGUUUUUGUAUUUCCAUUUGGGCUAGUUCACUUCCAGUUGAACAUAGGUAAAACUCCUGCAGUUGCCAUAGCAGCAUUGAGCAGCCAAAAUCCUGGAGUCAAUACAGAAGCAAAUGCACUAUUUGGAUCCAAACCGUCUAUUAAUCCUGAUGUUCUCACCAAGGCAUUCCAUCUUAACAAAAGUUUGGUGGUCACUCUUCAAAGUGAAAAUUGGGUUAAUCCAUGA